AAGACUAAUUGGUUUUAGGUUUGGAAAAAGGAAGGUGGAUUAGGAUUAGGGUUGUCUUAGGGUUUUGGUUAGUGGUAUAUAAAAAGCCUGGUAGAUCUUUCUGGCUCUUCGCUCCUCUGUGUGUGUGUAUAUAUAUAUAUAUAUAUAUUUUCAACGUUCAGAGAGGUUAGGGUCCUGAUUUUCCCGCAGAACCAAACACCAAUUUUUCUUUUCAGGGCUCGAACCAUGUCGGAGGAGAGGUCGACCGGUAAGGUCCGGUGGUUCAACGAUUCUAAGGGAUUCGGCUUCAUCAAGCCCGAUGACGGAGGCGAAGAUCUCUUCGUCCACCAAUCAUCCAUCAAAUCCGAUGGAUUCCGUAGUCUCGCCGAGGGUGAAUCCGUCGAGUUCCAGAUCGCGCUUACCGAUGACGGCAAAACCAAGGCCAUAGACGUAACCGGCCCAGACGGAUCGUCGGUACAGGGGAACAGGAAGGACAGCUACGGUGGCGGAAGAGGAGGCCGUGGAGGGGGCGGCGGGGGAGGUUAUGGAUUCGGCGGUGGAUGGAGAGGCAGUGAUAGGCGUAAUGGCGGUGGUGCCGGAGGCGCCGGGUGCUACAACUGCGGUGAUCCAGGUCACUUAGCCAGGGAUUGCAGCCGCGGGAACACCGGCGGUGGCGGUGGCGGUGGCGGUGGAGGUAGUUGCUUUACAUGUGGUGGUUACGGCCAUCUGGCUAGGGACUGUCUUCAGGGGAAUUCCGGAGGCGGAGGUGGUGCCGGCGGCGGAGGUUGCUAUAAGUGCGGUGAGUAUGGUCACAUGGCGAGAGACUGUAGUAGGGGAGGUUCUGGUGGUGGCGCCGGCGGACCUCCCGGUGGGGCUUGCUUUAACUGUGGGGAAUUCGGCCACUUGGCAAGGGAUUGUGGCAGACCAAGUGGUGGCGGUGGAGGAAGGUUCGGAGGCAGUGGCGGCGAUGCAAGCUGCUACAACUGUGGGAAGCCUGGGCAUUUCGCAAGGGAAUGCCCUAACGUGCCUUGAUGAAGAAGGAAAAAAAAAAGAAAAAGAAAAAGAAAAAAGAGAGUUAUAGUGCAUAUAUUCUCUUUUAUUUUGGUUUUAUCCUUUUUUUUUUUUUUUGGGUUACUCUUUAAUUUUUCGUUGGUUAUACAUAGGAUGCAAGGUUUUUGAUUGUUGCGAUGGAUUUUAAUUUGAUGAUGUGCUCAAAUUUUCCGGUUUUUAUACACAUUUUUAUGUGGCUGGUUCGCUUACAGUAUUAGGCUGUGGAGAUGGUUACUAUUGAUAAAUUUCUAAUUGAGCAGUUUUAAUCUUCAAUUAUUCAUUCA